AUGACAUCCACCAUGGCCAUUGACGAUGAAGAGGAAGUCAUCAAGGAGGUUCCUCUGCUGGGAAAUGUUGACGAAGUUACCAUGCAUCCUCUGGUAUUACUGAGUGUGGCUGAUCACUAUCACCGUGUCGCCCGUGGAACACGAAAGCGUGUGGUGGGUGUUCUUUUGGGAAGUGUCCACAAGGGAAAGGUGGAUUGUACCAAUUCGUUUGCAGUUCCAUUUGAAGAAGAUUCGAGAAAUCCUUCUGUCUUUUAUUUGGAUCACAACUACUUGGAGAGCAUGUACGAAUUAUACCGCAAAGUCAAUUCCAAGGAACGCAUCGUUGGCUUUUAUUCUACAGGUCCCACCAUCCGACCGAACGAUUUGAGAAUUCACGACAUUGUCAAAAGAUUCUUGCCGCGCACCUGUAUUACGGCUCCAGUCUUUUGCAUCAUUGACAUUCGGCCUGGAAGAGACUCCUUGCCCACGACUGCCUAUAAGGUGGUGGAAGAAGUCUCUACCAAGGAUGGACAACGGCUGGUCAAGAUGACUUUUGCGCACGUUCCAACUGUCAUGGGAGCUCAAGAAGCUGAAGAAAUUGGUGUGGAACACUUGCUAAGAGAAAUUAAUGACCCUACUGUCAGUACGGUAGCAUCCUUGAUCAAGGGCAAGAUUUCAGGUCUGGCCACGUUGACUGAGAAAUUGGUCGAAUGCAAGGAUUAUUUGGAAUCCUGUGUCCGUGGCGAAUGCAAGGUCAAUCCCGACAUUGUGUCAAAUUUGCAAACCAUUCUGAAUUUGUUGCCCAACUUGAAUACGGACGAAAUGGUCCGGUCCAUGAUGAUCAAGACCAAUGAUAUGCACAUGGCCAUUUAUCUGAGUUCCUUGAUUCGAUCCGUCAUUGCUCUUCAUGAUUUGAUUAACAAUCGCAUUCGAUAUGGAGAAGAUGGAACUGAAUACAAGGAAGAAGAAGGAGAAGAAAAGAAGGAAGAUGAUGCUGCUGCCGAGAAGAAGGAGAAAAAAGAGAAGAAGGAUGAUAAAGAGAAGAAAGCUGAAGACAAGAAGAAGAAGGGUGCUGCCAAAAAGUAA